AAGUUUAUUACCAAGGCGAUUGCAGGAGCAAUCACUAUACUCAAAAGUAAAGAAAAAGGGCUUGAACUAUCAAGCUCUAGCUCUAGUAGUGCUAGCACUACUAGUAGUGAAGAUAAUAGAGAGCGAUCAAAUAGUGAAAGCAGUGGAAGUCAUUCUGGCAGCAGUAAGCGUACUGUGCAAAUAAACGCUGACCCUGAAUUACAGCUGCAUAAUCGCAUCAGAAUAGUGCGAAAUAGUAAGAUUAAUGAG